AUAGAGGUGGUGGUCCGCUUAUUCCCUGCUUCUUUAGUAUCCUUCGAAUCCUCACCGGCUCCAUCCCCAAAGCCUUGUACAGAUGCAAAAACGCUGCAAGGCUAAAGCUCAGUGAUUUUCCCUGUAGUGAAAUUAUCAAGUCCACCCAGAUAGGAAUGGAAGAAGAAAUUCCAACUAGCUAUACAAGUAUGGAGAUGGAUGGUAAUACUUGUGAGAAAGAAGUUGAUAAUACAAUCAAUGUAGAAGAAAAAUUAGAAGAGCCAAAAUUGGGAAUGGUGUUUAAUACAGUUGACGACAUAAUGGAGUACUACAUAGUGGGUGGAGAAUCAGAUUUUUCCCACCUAUUUAUAUUCCUUAUUUCUUUGGUCCAUAAUGCGCCACACAGCCCCCUAUUUUCGGGUCUGUUUUAG